AUGGUCGUGGUGAAGCGUUCGCUGCUCUUUGCGGGCACAAUCGACCUUUGCACCCAGCUCGACGACUCCGGGUCCAUCAACUACGACCCCAUCGCCAUCGACGGCAAUGCCGUCGCCAACGCCGACGCAAACAGCAGCUUCGAUGAUGCCAAUACCGACACCGACACCUACGACGGCCACUGUAAUGCCUACACCGACACCUACGACGGCCACUAUGAUGCCGACACCGACGACGGUGACCAUGUCACCGACACCUUCCGUGUCCCCGUGCACCUGGACGACGCCACAGCCAACGACUUCUAUGUCCCCGUGCACUCAGACGCCAGCACCGACGAGUCCGACCCCGACAUCCGUGACGUCAACGCCGACAUCGACAUCGACGCCUGCCACAAGCACCCCGACCCCUAUUACUCCCAAGCCAAGCACGUCAGCACCGACUCCCGUGACGCCGCAGCCAUCGUCCAGCCCCGUGACACCGCACGCCGUCAGCGAGCCCUUGACGCCUCAGCCAUCGUCCAGCCCCGUGACACCGCAGCCGACGGCCAGCCCUUGACGCCUCAGCCAUCGUCCAGCCCCCCCCUUGACGCCUCAGCCAUCGUCCAGCCCCGUGACACCGCAGCCGACGGCCAGCCCCUUGACGUCUCAGCCAUCGUCCAGCUCUGUGACGCCGCAGCCGACGGCGAGCCUCCCGACGCCUCUGCCGUCAGCGAGUCCUUUGACCCCGCAGCCGAGCCCGUCGACAAGCAGCCCGAGGGCGGAAUCAUCACGACGCAGCCCGUCCCGGUCACGAAGUCGACGCCAACUGCAACUCCCGAAAGCGGCAACCUGACAUUUCCACCCAUCACACCCGCGCCCGAGCCCGAGCCAACGACCGUUCCCACCAGCUGCACCUUUUCCGUGAGCAUUCCUUCGUACGAAGAGUGCGCAGACGACAAGAUGCUGGCCCAAGGCUGGCUCCCGACCAGUGUCGUGGGCAGCAGCACGUUCUGCGCGCAAAUCUCGCCUCCCAACAAGCCGCGUUGGUGCUCGGGCGAUGCUCCGGGUGUUUGCCCGUCGCCCCAACCCGGUCUUCCGUUUGGCUCGAUCUGUCGCGUCCUCAACGAGACCCUUGCUGGCACACCGCAAGCUGUCUACGGUUGUGUACAGUCGCCAGACUGCGAGACGCUCGAGUUCGAAUCGGGGAUCAUCACGUUGCCGCCUAUCACGCUGACGCCCUCCGACGCCGUCUGUGAGCCCAGCGACGCCGAGCCCAACCACCUCAGUGGCUCCUGUGCCGUCGCCGAGUGCGUCAACCAGUUCUCCGAUUCCGUUGACGUCGAGUCCAGCGCCGGUGCCUCCGUCGACAGCUCUGGUGACGACAGCUCCAGUGCCAAUGACGAGUGCGCCAACGAGUGGUCCCACGUCGGCCCCAGUGCCCCCAUCUCCGACUACAGCGACCCCGGUGAUGUCGACGCCUACGCCCAUAACGAUCGUUCCAGCCCCAACCACGGUGACGUUGGCACCCACCACGAAUACGCCAUCGCCAACGACUGGAACUACCCAACCGACAUCGACACCGCAACCGACAUCGACACCGCAACCGACGACCAUGGCGCCGGCUCCUACAACGGUGACGCCGCAGGCGACCACGGUAACGCCUCAGCCGACGACGGCGACGCCCAUAGCUACUACUUUGACCCCUCAACCGACUACGGUGACGCCUGCCCCAACGACGGUAACGUCCGUGCCAACGACGGUGACGCCGCAGCCGACCAUGGUGACUCCUCAAACCACUACGGUGGCGCCUGCCCCAACGACUGUGACACCCUUGCCAACAACGGUGACGCCUACCCCAACGAUGGUAACGUCCGUGCCAACGACAGUGACACCCGUGCCAACGACGGUGACGCCGCAGCCGACUACGGUGACUCCUCAGCCCACUACGGUGACGCCUGCCCCAACGACGAUGACGCCGGGCCCUACGACAAAGACUCCUGUGCCACCAUACCCAACACGUGCCCCCCAGCCGCUAUAUCACUGCGUAUCUACCUUGAAUAA